AUGGUUAAAAACCAAGAGGCUUACAGUUUACAAAGACCACUACGAAGACAAUUUCGAAGAAACAAAAUUAUGGUAACCGGCAUAGAUGACCAAUGGUCUGCUGAUCUCACGGAUAUGGUAAAGUUUGCCAAGUAUAAUGAUGGAUACAUGUAUAUUUUGGUUGUUAUUGAUGUUCUUUCAAAGUAUGUUUGGAUGCGUCCUUUGAAAGACAAAAAAGGAAUUUCCGUUGCCCAUGCAUUGUGGGAAAUUUUUCUAGAAGGAAGAGUGCCAAAAAGAAUACGAACAGAUAAAGGACAAGAAUUUCGAUCCAAGGAAGUUCAAAAAGUCUUCAACGGUUAUGACGGAACACACCUCUAUGCUCAGAAUGAAACCAAAGCUGCAGUUGCUGAGCGUGUCAUCAAAACUGUUAAAACGAGGAUUUAUCGAUUCAUGACUUACCAACAAUCGUAUGAAUACAUAGAUAAACUUCAAACAUUUGUCAAAAGCUACAAUAACUCAUAUCACAGAACGAUUGGCAUGGCGCCUAAGAGUGUCAACAGUAAAAAUGAAACAGCUGUAUGGUGGAGAAUGAAUCCAUUCUUCCGUGAAUACGAUGAAAAGUGGACAGGGGAAAUAUUCAUAAUUUCACAAAGAAUUUUACGUGGUGGUUUACCGGUUUACAGAGUAAAGGAUUUUGAUGAAGAAGAAAUCAGAGGAACUUUCUAUCAAUCAGAACUUCAAAAAGUAGACAUAAAAGAGGACGACCUCUGGAAGGGUGUAGGGCAUUGUAAAGUGGACUUGGGAUGGCUCUCCGACCCAAGCUUCAUUAUUGUAACGGAGAUAAUAAAAUAUGUACAGUCGUAUGUUCUUUUUUAUGAUAAAGAAUGA